AUGACAUUCCUUCUGGUCACUCUCUGCUGUCUUCUCGCAACCCUGGGGUCCUUUCUAUUCGGUUAUGAUUCAGGUGUGAUUGGAUCGACUCUGGAACAGGACGCUUUUCGGCAAUAUUUUCGCCACCCUUCGGAUGCAGCCACGGGGGGCAUUGUCUCUUCCUACAAUGGAGGAGCCAUUCUCGGUUCCCUCGUCGUCCCCUACAUCGGCGAUCCCUGCGGCCGUCGCCCGGUCAUGUUCAUCGGGGCGCUGUUGGCCGCCGUAGGAGGAGCUUUGCAAGCCGGAGCUGUGAAUGUUACCAUGCUCAUUAUCGGACGCUUGGUUGCCGGAUUUUCUAUCGGUUUGAUGUCUGCGACAAUUCCGAUCUACUGUAGCGAGGUAUCUCCUGCACGCAUCCGUGGCUUUCUCGGCGCCAUGCAGCAAUGGAUGCUGGGACUCGGCGUUGUAGUAGCCCAAUGGGUCGGAUAUGGCUGCUCCCUGCACACCGGCCCCUUCACCUGGCGAUUCCCGCUCGCCUUCCAGGCCGUCCCAGCCGUCGUCCUCGGUGCGGGCGUCUGGUUCCUUCCCGAAUCGCCGCGCUGGCUGAUCGAAAAGGGCACAAGGACGCUGGCCGCGCCGUGCUCGACCGCCUGCAUCUGGACGUGCCCGCUCAAUGCCGACCUCGUCGACGCCGAAUUCACCAGAUCUGCGACACGUCGCUGCGAGUCACACUCGUCGCAGCUCGUGCGCCACCUACUUUUCUCCGCGCCCACCUGGCGCCGCCGCGUGUUCCUCGCCUGCGGCAUGCAGGCCUUCACGCAGUGUUCCGGCACCAACGUCAUCCAGGUCUACAGCCCGCGUAUCUACCGCUCCCUCGGCCUGGCCACCUCCACCACCCUCAUGAUCACCGCCAUCUGGGGCGCCCUCGCCCUCCUGUGGAACACCGUCUUCAUGCUCUUCAUCGACCGCGUCGGUCGCCGCAAGCUGCUCAUCCCCUCUCUGCUCGGCAUGGGCGCCGUCCUCUGCGUCCAGGCCACCCUCGCGCGCUACUACAACAACUUCACCCCUCCUUCCUCCUCCUCCUCCUCCUCCUCCUCCUCCUCCUCUUCCUCUUCCUUCCCACCCUCACCCCCCUCCCCGCACGCCCUCCGCGCCGCCAUCGCCAUGUUCUUCGUCUUCUCCAUCUUCUAUACCAGCCUCGGCCUCAUCUCCUGGGUCUACCCGACCGAGAUCUUCCCUACCGCCAUCCGCGCCCGCGGCUCCGCCCUCGCCACCGCCACAAACUGGAGCCUCAACCUCGUCUUCGCGCAGUGCUCGCCGCUCGCCCUGUCGACCCUCCAGUACAAGUACUUCUACUGCUUCGUCGGGUUCAACUGGACCGCGGCGGGGAUUGUGUGGGCGUUUUACCCGGAGACGAAGGGCCGGUCGCUCGAGGAGGUCGGCGAGGCGUUUGCGCCGGAUGGCGCCGCGCAGAUGGAGACGCAGACGCAAAUGCAGACGCUGCGGGGAUACUCGGUUGCAGAGAGUGCGGAGCUGAAGACUGGUGUUACGUGGCAUGUAGCGCGGCCAAAGUGA